AUGGCGUCCAAUGUGAAUGAAGAAGAGACAUUCCAAUGCUCGAAAUGCGACCAAUGUUUGGACUGGACAUCGAAGACAUUGCCCUGUCUUCAUUCUUUCUGCGAGUCGUGUGUGCAGAUGGUUCUUGAAGGAAAUGGCCCGUGUCCCCAGUGCCAAAAGCCUGUGACCGGUGACGAUUUGAGACUGGCACCAUUUUUGGUGAAGUCUUUGAGACGCCGUCACUUGGAAUCCAGUGAAUGGAGGUGCGGUUUUUUGUUCCGAAGACGGCGUAGAAUCAGCGGGUCAGAUUUGGUUUUUUAUAUAUUGCAGAAACUCUUGUGCCGGAACUGUAACAGGGCCCAAAAGAAAAUGAAAUGGACGCACAACUGGGAAGACUUGUCCGGCAAGGAGAGGGUGGAGGCCAUCCGGGUCAUCAUGAUGGAUGACUGUCGACGGCACCAACAAUCCAAGGACGCCUUCAUUUAUGGUGCAACGUCUGCCUGUGUGAUUCAUGUUAAAGGAUCACGUGACCACCUCCCCUCAGUGUCCGCCUCGUCCGCUGUCGGUGAAAUGCAGGAGGCGUCGAAGGGAACUGUCUUUUUGGGCGGCCCUACCCUGGAGCGGGAACUCCUCCAGUUCGAAAUCCAGAUCCGGUCGACGUACGCGCAGACGUCUCGAUCCAUUGAGCAACUAUCAAUGGAUUCCGAAUCCGAAUGCUUAAAACUCUGUCAGGAUUUUUUUUUCAGAAAGAGGCACUCCUCAAGUUGGCAGAGCUGUGCGAUAAUAUGA